CUGUAGUCAGUUUAGUUUGUGCUUUGAAGUGAUUAAGUGUUAUUGUUACGUUGUGUUCGAAAUGUUUCGUUUAUUGCCAGUGAUCGCUGCAUCCUGCUUCCAGUUGACGGCGCUUCCCGUGGAGAUGUGGUCGAAUAUUUUAAGGUUGUUGGAUCCAUUAUCGUUAUUGGCAACUGCCAGAUCAGAUCCCAGAUUCAAGAGCAUUUGCUUUGGAGACAGCGUGUUGAGAAAUAAUCUGCGGGAAGCUUUGGAGAUUGAAAGACGUCAGGCCGAAGAAAUUAUCCGGAAUCCUGCAAAAUCAAUAACAAUUUCCAGAGAAGAUGCCAAAAGAGUAUUUUCAGCUAACGUUUCCAAGAAGAUCACCAAGAAAUCAGUAAAUUUAAGACACUGUUUGGAGGUUCUCAAGAAAAAGCCAAUGAAAGCAGAAAAUAAAAAGAAAAACCAAUGUUUGUCGACUGUUAAGAAAGUUUUUAAUUGUAGAAUUUAAGUUUAGAAAUAUUUUUGGUAAAAAAUUAA